GCUCCUGGCCUCAGUCGCCCGCGACAUUCGGUCCGCGAUACGAUUCGGUGGAAUCGCGUUCUGAACUCGAGAAUUUUGUGCCGGUAGCGCGCGUGGUAUGAAAAAGUGGCAACGAGAAAACUAAACUCUUUUCACUGGACUUAUUCACUGCGAUCGGUCGAAAUUCAUUGUACAUUUUAAUCAGAAAUAACUAUCGAGGUGAUAUAAAAUUUUUUGUAAACGUGUGACAGAAGGAGUGGACGAUGGACGCGAGAGCAGAGGCAAGACGGUGUCCGGAGCAAGAAGGCGCGAGACGUGAGUGGAAUCGUUGCGCGCGAGAAUAGGAACUCCCGUUGCGAGGACAUUUUUCUGGGAUAGAGUGAACUGGAACUUAGCCAGAAGCGGCCGUUCCUCGGACUGCGUUUCGAUUAUUCGUGGUUACUGGAUCGGGCGCACGUGGAUCAACGGUGUACCCGUCACCGUUACGUCGUCUCAUCGGGCUCUGAUAAGCACCUUCGACAAUCCAGGCAAUCUCCAUCGCGUCAUUGAUGUCCCGAUCGACGAGCCGUGCUGCGGGUCGAUCGCGAUGCAUUGGUGAACCGCUCGCGGCGUGAUUAAGGGAGUCACCCGACGUGAUAAUGUAAGCUGGCUUGUUCCGAGGGACUCCGAAAUGACGCGCGACGGGAGGCUGUUGGUGCUGUUGAUCCUUCUGAUGGCUUACGGGCUGUUCGCGGCCGAGGCCAGGUACCAUCCACACGAAGCGGACACCGCGACCGACGCUAGACACAGGCACAGACAUCGACACGAGCCGAACGGGCGGAGGAACCGUCACGAGCUGACCGACAGACGAGCUGGCUGGUCGCAGGAAGUCGAGUACGAGGACGACUCGUUGGGAGCCGAUCGCGAGGACGACGAGGAGGAAGAUGAUUACGAUGCUCGCUCUUAUUACGCGAGAUCCUAUCCACGGGACCGGAUGUUCGACCCCCGUUACCCGCCCAGGCACCACCGAGGCUAUCGCGGAUGGUUCGAGACUCAGGUACGCAGAGGUUCUCCGCGGUACGAGCAAGGCUACAGGCCGAGGAUGUCCGACAAGACCCACCGCAGGCCAGCCCAUUCGAGAAAUCGCGAUCCGGACUACGAAGAGGAGGAGGACGAGUUCGAUUACGAGAAAACCCGGUGGAGCAAUGGGAGGAAACACAAGCCGGGCGCCUAUAGACACGACUGGCGUCUGGACGGAAGAAAAAGGCAUCGCGACGAUUGGAGAGGAAGAUCGAAUCUCACUGAUUCCAGAUUCCACUCGAGGAACGAGAGAAGAAGAACCGAGGAGUUCGAGGAUUACGAAUACACUUCAGGCGAGCUCGACGAGGCUGAUAACGACGACGAUGAAUUUUGGAACGAGGACCAAGACGACGAGGAGUUUGACAACGAUUUCUAUAAGGAGAGGAAGAAGCCUCCUUUAAAGACUUACGAUGACAUUAUCAGAAGAUUGACGGCCAACGAGCCAGCAGCGACGGCUAAGCCUAGCCAGGGCAAGAGGGACUACAGGAACAUCGAGGCGGACAGACAUCUGAAGCGCGACGCCCUCGGGAGUUUCAAAUACGAACCGAGGAACCUGACAAGGCCGUUGGUUCACGACGCUAAGAGUGAGCAUCGCCCUGCGAGUAAGCUGGGCGAGAAUUUAGCCGGCAAGCUGUCGAGUUCGCUGGUCGAGCGUAAAUCGGCGCGAAACAUUAGCCAGGCGACGAGGAGCGUCGAGAAAAAGGCCGACGCGAGGAUCGACGACGCCCAGCCGAAGACGAAGAGUCUCGAGCAGGAUUACGACGAGUACCUGAACGCGCCGGACAACGAGAAGGAGGAGGAUCUCAUCAAGGCUGGAGUCGAGGAGGAAACGGGAAACAUGCAGGCGGACGUCACUAAUACGGAUUUCGAAGACGAGGAUGAAGAGGAGACUCCGGCGACCACGAUGACCUCGAGCACUACUACCACUACUUCUACCACGACGACCACGACUACCACGCCGAAACCUGCGGUCACGCAGAAUUACGACUAUCGGGAUCCGAGGGCUUACGAGGGUGGAACUGGGCCGCAGUACAACGGGUACCAGUCGAAAAACGAGUACCCGCCGAUGUCGGCGCACAGCGUUCACAAGUGGCAGUCUCUGGGCACUCGAGAGAGCGUCAAAGAAACCAGAAGCAACAUGCAGCAGUACAAUAAGAACGGCAAGUCGGCGGAGAUCCGAGAAGCGCUUCAGCACGCGAUUAAAGUGUCGCGGGAGGGUAGCUGCCAGUGGCCGCGACCGAGAGUGAUCCCGGUACGCGACGUCUACCCGAGCCCGUCCACCACCUACAUUCCACACUGCGUGAUCCUGCACAGGUGCUCGGACGACACCGGAUGCUGCAGAUCCGAAGCGCUCACGUGCGUCCCGAAGCACUCGCACCGCGUCGAGCUAUCUUUUUACACGACGAACGUGGGCGGCAGCAGCGUGGUGGAAAAGCUGUCGUUCUACAACCACACGGAAUGCGAGUGCCGGGAGAGGACCGAGUACGACACGGGCAACGAGAGGCCCUCCGAGCAUCGAGUCUACAGGCACCAUCAGUCCCCGCCUCAUCCUCAGAACAUGAGGAGAGCCCAACCGAGAAAGCCAUGUCGAUGCCCUUCGGAGUUCACACCAAGGAUCACGUCCGAAGGCGAGUGCCAAUGCAAUUGCUUCGAAGACCAUCAAAAUUGUAUCAAGAUCAGACGAGGAAAAGGAUACUUCUCCCUCGCCGAUAGAAUAUGCAUUCAAAACGAGGAAUGCGCGACGCCUGGCUGCGAAUUCGGCGAGUACAUGAGGCGACAGGGUAAAUGUCCCCGGAAGAAGGACAAGUUCGACGCGAUUGCGAAUUACCACACGAACCUGAACCACCGAUACAGAAGCUAGAGAGAGACUGGAUGGAAGAGAACACGUGCCAAUGAAAAGAGAGCGUGAGGAAAUCGACGGUGCCAUUUACUUUCCGAGUACCUCUCGCGAGAGUCUCGAUAUAUGUAUAUGUACCCCCGAAGCAGUUAUGUAUAAAUGUAGCCUGCUACAUCCAGCGAGACUUCAUUACUAUACUCCGUCGCUCCCCCCUAUUUUUUUUUAUACUACGAUCAGAGGACAGUGAUACGUUACACGUAGUGCUAAGGACGCUUUAGCGAAUCGCGUUUGAGUAUUCUACGUUUCGAUAUUAAUCGCCCUCCUUCGAUCCCUUGAACAGCGGAACGAGGACGUUAUUCUGCCUGCACUUAUACUCAAUUGCUGUUCGAGAAUCGAGAGAUAACGGUGCUGCAGUUUUUAUAAAUCGCUAGUAAUCGAUUUGCCCGAUGAAUUUGUAGAUCUGAACGGCGAGAACUGUUAACGAGACUCAGAUCCUGCAUCCCUUCCUUAAAAACGCUCUAUGCACAAUCGUCGCUGUAAAAGAUAUCGUCGGUCGUAUACCAAAGCGAGGAAACAGUAUGAAAUAGAUUUGUGAAGUAAGAACACUUGGAAUUCAUGCGCUCGAUUUAUCUGUGGCUGAUUACGUUUGUAUGUUUUGCGGAGUGAAACGAAAGGCGAAGACAAAUGGUAUGAGCAUUAGGCGUAAAUUCUUUUUCUUUCUCUCUUAGAAAGACCCACCGCAGGAUCAUCGCUCAUCUGUACAGAGGUCGGAUCUUCGAAGAAGCGAUAUAAAAUACGCGAGUAAGAAAAACGAAUUAGUAUUUCGUACCGCGCCCCCGUAAACGUGUUUUGUACGCUUUUAUAUAUACGUUAUUGAUAGUAUGUACGUACGCAGUAGGCGAAAUCAAUUUAAUAGCUGAUUCAGCAUUUAUCAAACAAGAACGUGUACCUACAAUCGUUUGUAUAUUGAUUUCAAUGAAUUUCAAAACUUUCAGCUUCGUACGCUGUUUCAAACAUUGUAGAGGACGUAGAGGUCGCAUCCCUACAGGCAUGCAAUGAUGCGAUUGCUGCUUUCAAACCUCAACCAAUUUACAAACGAAUGUAAUGAAUCGAGAGCAUCCUUAAAAUCGUUUUUCUGUGCCGUUAAUUGCGAGAAUAAUACAGGAUGCUACUCGAUUUACUUAGCUUGCUGUUCUACUCGCUACGAAUUCUAGGCAGGAUACAUAUAGUUGUAGUCAACAAGCCAACCAGUAAAAGUUGUAUAAAGAAAUUCAUCGUUUCAAUAAAAUGGCAACUUACAUCUAA